AUGCAGUCUCCCUAUUCUUGCUACUCUUCGCCUGGCGAAGUGGACUUCUACUUCUACCACCCACAAUCACAAGCCCCCAUCUAUGACUCGCCGCUGUACGACCUGGAGCCAUCCUCCCCCUUUGGCGUGCCCGAAGUCGAGGUCUUCUCCUUCACCAGCUCGCCCUACUCCUACCCCGCCAUGAUGGAUGUGCCCAUGUACGACGCGCCCAGGAUGCCCACAAGCGCCCCGACCAGCUGCGGCGGCAGCCACUGCGGCAGCAGCUCGGGAAGCUGGACCCCGGAGCUCAUUAUGCCUUCCUACCCCAUAUCGUCGGCGAGCAGCACAGGCUACGACUCGUGCCCGGACUCGCCGCCGCCUGCUUCCAAGCCCGCUAAGCCCUUCUCUUGCGAUAACUGCGGCAAGACCUUCACCCGCUUCGCGGACCUGAAGCGCCACCAGUCCUCGGUUCACUACCCCGUCUUCCGCAACUGCCCUGUCGAGCACUGCUCACGCAAGGGCAGCAAUGGCUUCCCCCGCCAGGACCAUCUCGUCGAGCACCUGCGCUCCUAUCACCACAUGGACGUGCCGAAGCGCCGUGCCUUCAAGCGCUCCGCCAAGGAGAUGGCAUAA